UCUGUCAAAACAAAUAAUUUGUUAGUUUACUUUCCCAGAUUUUACAAAAAAUAACAUUUAAAAAUGCCUGAAAUGGAGAUAAAACGAAAAGCAGAUGAUUAUUCAAUGGUACCUGCAAAAAAAAUCCGCCACGAAAUUUCAGUGGUGGGAACGAGAGAAAAAGCUGUUGUAACCUCUAAUGUACCAAGAACGUCCAACCUAUAUGCACCUAUAAUGUUAUUAGAAGGACAUCAAGGAGAGAUUUUUACGGCCAAGUUUCAUCCUGAAGGCAAGCACUUGGCAUCAGCAGGAUUUGACAGACAAAUAUUUCUGUGGAAUGUCUAUGGUCAGUGUGAGAAUGUAAUGGUGAUGAAGGGCCACACGGGAGCUAUAAUGGAGCUCUGCUUCUCUCCCGAUGGAUCUCACCUGUACACUUGUGCCACAGACAAUACUGUGGCUGUCUGGGAUGUGCCCACCGGCACUAGGAUUAAGAAAUUAAAAGGACAUUCCAACUUUGUUAACAGUGUUUCAGGAGCGAGAAGAGGUCCUGAAUUAUUGGUCUCGGCAUCUGAUGAUAAUACUAUUAAAUUAUGGGAUGCAAGAAAAAGGAAUCCUAUCGCCUCAUUUGACAAUGGCUACCCGGUUACCUCGGUUCUGUUUAAUGAUACAGCUGAAAAGAUUAUAUCAGGCGGUUUGGAUAAUGUGGUCAAAGUGUGGGACAUCAGAAGUAAUCAGAUAUCUUACAAAAUAAAAGGACACACAGAUACUAUUACAGGUUUAUCACUAUCCUAUGAUGGAUCAUAUCUAUUGUCAAACGCAAUGGAUGGCACCAUUCGCAUCUGGGACGUAAGACCGUUCGCGCCCGCGGAGCGUUGUGUCAAACUCAUGUCGGGUCAUCAGCAUAACUUUGAAAGGAAUCUACUGAGAUGUGCCUGGUCUUCUGAUGGCUCUAAGGUUGCGGCAGGAUCAUCUGACCGUUUCCUGUACAUCUGGGACACGACAUCACGCCGCGUGCUGUACAAACUUCCAGGACAUAAUGGUUCAGUUAAUGCUGUCGACUUCCACCAGACCGAGCCCAUUGUUCUCUCAGCAUCUAGUGACAAGCAGAUAUAUCUCGGAGAGAUUGACCAUUAAUUAAUACUUUUUUUUUGUAAGAAUAUAAUUUUAAGGAAAUUA